AUGUCGCCAUUUGUGGGGACAACAAGAUGUGAAUUAAACCCCCUGUGCUAUCGUAUGGGCCUGAAACAUAUUGCAAAGCACCCCAGUAGCAGUGAUAAAUUGAAAUGCUCUUUGUGUCUUGUAACUCAUGCUCAGUUGGAGUUUCAAAUCACAGAUAUCCAGUGCCAUUCUUAUGAGUUGCAAACCCAAAACCUCAAAGGCACCAGCUGUCCUAAGCUUGCAAGAUCGCUAGAUGGACUUGAGGGUUUUAAGUGUCUGGAGGAAUUGAUACUGGACAACAACCUGUUGGAAGAUAAAGUUUUGCUGCCACCAUUACUGAAGCUGCACACCUUAACUCUCAAUAAGAACCAGCUGACAGAGCUGGAGUCUCUCCUAGACACCUUGACAACUGCAGCGCCCUCCCUGGAAUACCUCAGCCUGUUAGGGAACCAAGCUUGUCCCAAUGAGCUUGUCAGCGCUGAGAAUGAUGAAGACGACUAUCAGCGGUACAGGUAUUUUGUCCUCAACAAGCUUCCUAAACUGAAGUUUCUGGAUGCCAGGAAGGUGACGAGGAAGGAACGGGAAGAAGCCGUAGCAAGAGGUGCCUUUAUGAAGGUUGUAAAACCCAAGGAAAAUAAUGUUUCCAGCAACCCUGACUCCAGCUCUCCGGAUAUCACAUAUACUCCCUUGCCAUCUGUAUCCAGAGAUCCGGCCAAUCACAAAGGUGUUUUAGGGAAGUGCCGUUACGUUUACUACGGAAAGCAUUCCGAAGGCAACAGAUUCAUCCGCGAUGACCAGCUCUGAUGCCCGGCUUCACUGAACGCCAAGCACCAUCAUACACUGAACCUUACAAUACGCCAUUUGACUCUAUAAAAGGGCAAAAAGGAUUAGAAGGGAAUGUGUGGCAAAAAAUAAAACAAGUGUGUUGCAGUUGGAUGGGAGCUCAGAUCUGAGCACUAGAACUAAUAUUUUCAAAUGUUGUGUAAAAGAUGAAAAAAUAAAAUAUUCUUUUUAAAAUAGAAAA